AUGUCGGAACAGCAACAGAAGAAGGAGCAACAAGGCCGAGGCAUCCUCGGCGGCUUGACCGACACGGUCGGCAACACAGUCGGUGGCGUCACGGAUACGGUGGGCAACACCGUCUCCGGCGUCGGACAGGGUGUGGGCAAGACCGUGGGUGGUGCUAGUCAAGGCCUCGGCGACACGACCAAGGCUGUGGGCAACACGGCCAAAUCCACUACCGAUUCGAUUGGAGGCAAGAAACAAACGGCAGACAAUCCGCUGGGCUUGUAA